UCACGGAUCAGGAAAACGGAAGUGACCUUUCGCCAUCUUGCUGGAUAAACAUGACCAAGGGAACAUCCAGCUUUGGUAAACGGCACAAUAAGACCCACACCCACUGCAGGAGGUGUGGGCGCCGCUCUUUCCAUAUCCAGAAGAAAGUAUGUGCUUCAUGUGGAUAUCCUAGUCCAAAGAAGAGGUCAUAUAACUGGAGUGAGAAAUCUAAAAGGAGGAGGACAACUGGAACUGGACGUAUGAGGCAUCUUAAGGAUGUUUUCAGGAGGUUCAGGAAUGGGUUCCGUGAGGGUACAGUAGCCAAGUCCAAGAAAAAGACAGCAGCCGCUCCAUCAUCUGCAGUUGCCACUAAAUAGAUAAAUAAGUCUGCUGUAAAUAAACAAAAAAAAAGAAAGA